AUGGCCUCGAAAUCAGACAUUGAGCACUGGCACAUUGACACCGCCACCUAUGACAAUCGAGUGGAGGAAAUACACUUUGUUACAGACCCUAAGAGGAAUAUUAGGCGGAAACGGCAAACAGUGGUUUGGCACUUUGAGCAGCUCCUAGGCCGGGGAGGCUUCGGGGAAGUAAGGCUGGAGAGGAACAGGAAAAAUGAGGCUGUUAGGGCUGUUAAAAAGAUCGCAACAGGCGCCACUCUCAGUAAUAACGACUGUGAGAAGGAACUAAAGGCAUUUCUGGAAUUCUUAAAGCUAAAAAUACUAUCGGGCUUGGAGAUUAUAUACGCCGAGUCUUUUGCACAUCGCGGUCUCAAGCCGCAGAGUGUUUUGGUCGUACAUGGACCACCCCAGUGGUGGGUGAAGAUUGCCGACUUUGCAGUGAGCAAGAGACUGACUCUUCUCGUAACUUGUCCGGAGGAGAGACUUUCAGCCUCGCAGGCCCUGCGUGACACAUGGAUUAGCCCAGUGGCAUCCGAGCUUUCGCGGCUUACCACCUCAGCCAUGGCCUACAAUACAACCUCCCAUGAGGGUCUCAUAUCACAUAGCCCGACAUCUCCCUGGCAUAGUGAUUCUCGUCAUGAUGAAUCAUCAACACCAAUCCGCUCUUCACCUAACACCAUGCAAUUGAACUCUGGCUUAGCAGCUAAAUACGACCAAGGGCGAGUACUCGUCGUAGACUACAAAGACACCCUCAGCGCUACUCAACGCAUUGGCAACUUACCAUUUAAUCAGGGGAAAUAUAGCGCCGCAGAACGAGAGUACCAACGAGCAGCCAAAGGGCGAGAGCGAGUACUAUGGUUAGAUCAUGAAGAAAACCUUGCUGUGAUUCAAGACCUUGGCGACUCACUUUUCUAUCAACAAAAAUAUAGCGCCGCACAACGAGCAUAUCAACGAGCGGCUGAUGGCCGAGAGCGAGUACUAGGGUUAAACCAUGGAGAUACCCUUGGCUCUCUUCACUCGCUGGGUGAAUCGCUUUUCUACCAAGAGAAAUAUAGCGCUGCGGAACAAGCGCAACAACGAGCGGCUAAUGGCCGAGAACGAGUACUAGGGAAUUGCCACAAAGACACCCUUUACUAUUUUCAAUCACUGGGUUCAUCUCUUUUUAACCAUCAGAAAUAUAGCGCUGCAGAACAAGCGUAUCAACGAGCAGCUGAUGGCCGAGAGCAACUACUAGGGAAUGAUCAUCAAGACACACUUGACUCUAUUUACUGGCUUCAUUUGGGAAAGAGGAAGAAAAAGAUGAGGAAGAUGAGUAGGAAGAUAAGGGAAGGGAAGAAGGCUCCUACUAACGCCACCGAUAACGCCUCUAGCGAUUGA